AUGAAAAAGCAAGCUGCAGCUGCCCAGCUUCGGCCACCUAGAGGUGCGCUACACUGCCUUUCAGCGUUUACCAUUGACAUCGUACAGAUUGCUUCCCAUGUCGCGCGUCUCCCCAUUUCCACAUCUUUCGCACAUUCGAUGGCCCAGUCCCAGUUAUCCUGUCCCUAUGGCGGUGGACCCCCAACAAACACUGAUGUCAGUGGAGUCGGCGUCCGCUUCUCUUUUUACCUCCAGACUCUAUUUCUGAGUCUCCUCUGCGCGCGAUCGAGCGAGAUUAGCGAGAUUAUGAACGCCUUGUACACCUUGAUGUUCACAAACAUGGCAAUGGCAGUGACGGCGCUCAUUCUGGGAUUUGAGGCCCAGCCAGAGAUAAGCUUCCCUGACGGCCUCGUGAUAUCGUACCUGCUCAGCCUCUCCACCCUUGCGAUCGUCGUGUCAUUCCCCGCCUGUGCCAGACACUCUCUCAACGACAAAAAACUGACCGUCUUUUUCAUCCUGCACUGCCUGGCGGUCUUUGGGUGGGGAUUCUCACUUCUGAUUUCCGCACCCACCUUUGGCAACGCACCGUUGUGCAACUCCAACGCCGUGGUGGCAAUCUUCCAUCCCUUCCGAGCCCUGCCAGCGGGGCGUGUCAUAGGACUAUUGGGCGUCUGUCUCGCGCUCAUCUUCGUCGUGCUACUGCUACUGAAAGAUCACAUGGCUUGGGCGGGGACUGUUGUGCCCGUGUGGAUCCUGCGCCGCGUGACAAUACAGAUCUCGGACGGUUCGGGACAAUCGGUGGAUGCCAUAGAUGACCCAGAUUCUGUUUCAGUGCGACCUGGCAGUCGAGGUCCUGCAUCAUAUCCGAGCAGGCAAGAAUAUCAAUCACAGCGCGACGGGAGGGCAACGGUUCAGCAGGGGUACGACCUCCAGAUCAUGUGGCCGAUGAUACUUAACAUGAGCGUCACACUGGUGCUGUGGAUCCCCGCUGUGGUAAACACGGAGCUGCUCAUUCGGUGGAAUAACCUGACAUCGGCGGCUGGAAGCUCGUCUUGGCAGUUUGGACAGGUGCGUCUCUCGUCGUCGUGGUCGUUGUCAAUGCGACGCGUGAACAACUUCGAGGUCUUGCCAAUGUUUCUUGUCGUUCUACCACUCAUCGAUUUGAUCAACUCAUUCCGGAAGCACGGUAUUAAAACAAGCCACCGUGCUCUCGAGGUUUCUGCGCCGUAGCUGGUCUAGAUAAUGCGUGCAAUUCAAUCUGUCGUGUCUCAAAG